UAAUAUUUCAUUAUUUCUUCGGUUUGUUUCGUUCUUCGGUCGGCUCUUGUUGACUUUUCUGGUUUGAUAAACGCGUUUCCGGUCUGACGUGCGGACGUGUGGAGCAGGGGUGGUCCCGAGCUGGUCGGGAAGGGACGGUCUUAAUCUAUUUUUCUUUUUUUCCUCUUUUAUCUCACCCUUCCUCGUCUUUCGCGUCGCCCUAGUUGUGUUUCAUGUGUUUCCCCGCACAGCUGGUCGCUUUUUGGUAGUUUUUAAAGCCGCUCUCGGCGCCGGGACGACCCUCCGUUCUCAACGUCCAGCUGAUUGAGAGGCGUUCAAUUACACCGAACUGAGCCGUUUUGUUCCGCUCCAGCGGAGGCUUUCUGCGGCCCGCACGGAUCGGCCUCACCGCCCUUCCUCACCCGGCGUGUGGACUUUACAUUUCAGGACAUUUUGUGUUUUUGUUUUUUCGUCCAACUUGAUAUUCGGACCGUGUUCCUCAGUGACGGAGCAGGCCUCGGACUCAUCCCCGGCCUCGAGUUCUCCAUAUCGGAUCUUUUUUUAAUUUUUUUCCGGGGGAGGAAGUCAUGGGAGACACAAGUGAACGAAGCAAACCUUCGACUCUAGUACCUCCCAGGUGUCCCUGUGGAUUUUGGGGGUCAAGUAAAACUAUGAACCUUUGCUCCAAAUGUUUUGCUGACGUCCAGAAGAAGCAGCCAGAGGAGGACUGCACCUCCAAGCCAAUCCAAAGCACCGGGAGUAGCCCAUCGCCUGUUUUCAGUAGCGAGACCAGCAGUAGCAGUAGCCAAGCCCUAUCGUUGUCGCUGCCCUCCGGCUCGGAGCCUCCGUCAGCCCAAGAGCCCUCGUCCAUGUUCUCCAGCAGGACAGAAGGCGUGACGUCCACAGAAACGGCCCAGGGCACGCUGUGCACACCCACAAAACGUCCACGUGAGUCGGGUACGGCCUCCGUCCUCCUGCCAGCAGCUCUGUGUGAUCUGCCCCACGUUAAGCCCCGCCCACUGUCUCCAGCCUCGGGCUCGGACAGCGAGGCCACGCCGGAGAAACGACCUCGGACGGACGACAAGGAGGGGGGCGGCGAAGAGGCCCGCGGGACGCCCAAGCAGAAGAACCGCCGGCGCUGCUACCGCUGCCAAACCAAGCUGGAGCUGGUGCAGCAGGAACUGGGCUCCUGCCGCUGCGGCUACGUGUUCUGCAUGCUGCACCGUCUACCUGAGCAGCACGACUGCGUGUUCGACCACCUGGGCCGCGGGCGCGAGGAGGCCGUCCUCAAGAUGGUGAAGCUGGACCGCAAGGUGGGCCGCUCGUGCCAACGCAUCGGGGAGGAGUGCUCCUGAUGGGCCGCGCCCUGACCCCGUGAUGGAGGAGGACGCAGCCGAGCCCCGCCUCUGCUCUCACGGACUCGACAAACAUUAAAAACACUAACGGACAAGAGUCGCUCACAUGACCCUCUGGAGCAGAUCUUCCACUUCCCUCUUGUCUCGGUCUCUGGGUGGAACCGUCUGAACACGACCGAACUUCUGUGUUCACCGGAAGAGUUCUUUACCAAAAUGUCCUAAAAAGAUCAACGUACGUUUUAUUAGUUACUGUUUCCUUUUAGAAAUCUGUUUGGGAUGUAAUCUAUUGAUUUCCAUUUAAACAAGUUCUGCUUUGUGAGUUUCGACUUAGGGGUGUGCAACCUGUGGCUCCGGGGCCACGUGAGGGGCCUCGCUUCAGUUCCUCUGCUGUGGCUCUUUGUAGCUUAGACCAGAAAUAACAUGAAAAUUAUUAUUUAUAUUUAGAACACAAUAAGAAAAGCUAAUUGUGCUGCCGUUGCCCAGUUUUCUGCCAAAAUGAAUAUUUCUGUAACAGAAAAUUGAGAAACGACCAGUUUGUUCGAUCCUUAGCCAAUUUAUCAACAAGUUAAUUUAACUUUCAGCCAAAACGUGUGGUUUUAUUUUGAAAAUUCACCAGGAAAUCAAAACAUAUUUGUCCAAGUUAUUCUGAGAACUGAAGUGAAGGCCCAUCUUUCAUACAAUGUAAUAAAAAACUUCAAGUAAAUUCCAUCAUCCAUUAAGAAAAUUGAUCCUAUCUAAUUAAACGUCCAACAAAUUGUCAUAAAUUUCAUGUUUAAGAUACAAAUAGACGCCGCUUUAUUUCAGUCGGGGCCAGAAAUGUCUGUUUGUGGUGGAAAAGGUUGCAGACCCUCCAGACUAGGUUCAGUUCUGUGACGUCGCCGUGACGAUAAGCUCAUCGGUUCGUUUCAGAGCUAAACUGGGGACAGAUGCAGUUUUUUUACAGAGUACAAGUACUUGCUGGUACAGAUAUAAGUACGGACGUUACACUUCAUAAAACUACUGUGAAGAUGGGUUUGAGGAACUUUACCUCCUCAAAUGAGGCCGACAGAGUGAGCGGUGAACGUGUCGGGAUCCUGUGCACGAGGAGACCACGCUGGUGUUGGUAACCCUCUACGAGUCCUGCUGGGUGUCCUGUCCUAAUGUCCUAAUGGUGGACGGGACUGCUCAGCUGAGAGCCAAACACCCCACCCACCUGAAGUGGCGUCAGUACUGGAGUGUUAAAAACCUUCACGUACAAGUACACAGUAUCGUAGUACGUGUGCAUCCCUGAGCUGAACAACCGGAGUAAUUAGGAAACAGAAAUGUUUGAUUCAGCAGAGACACGAUCAGCUCCUGUAGUUCUCGGACGUCGUGGGUUUGUCGUGUUGGGCGUCCCAGGUUCAGACGCCUCUUCCUUCAGGUGUCCACGACGCUCCAGUGGCUUCAGUCUUUGAUGAAUCGUCCCGCUCCGACCUCGCCCUGAACCCCCCGACGCAGUCUGACUGCUGGACUUGGUGCCGUGCGUUUUGCUUCUCUCGUUUUAGUCGCUUUAAUUAUUUUGAAUUUCCUUGGAUUUGGUUUUGAUUUUGGGCGUUUAGCAGCUGCACACGAAGAAGUCUGUUAAAAACAGGUCCAGGGUCUGCAGCCCACCUGAAGUGAUGGUCAGGACCAUGUUUGGAAAGCUGCAGCUCCGACUCGACACGGUCGUUUUUUAAUGAUUCACAGUGAACUGUGUAAAACUUGAUCCGGGCUGGAAGCCCCUGAAACACCACUUUACUAUGCUAAUCCUCACGCACACGCUCUUUCUCCUCCUCCACCUCCCGUGCCCGGUGACAAGACAACUGCGAGGAUUAUCGUCGGUUUCUCCUUCUUCUAAGUUUCUUUUGUUUUUGAGUGCUAACGAGAAACAGAAAAAAGAAUAAAUCUUUCUGUACCUUCUUAAAGAAACGUUUAUUUAACCUUAUAUCAGUUUGACCUACUUACACCCUAGCAUAGAGUGGCGUAUUUAGUUAAAUGUAUAAAGCAAGAACAUAAUUCUGUCCUUUAUUUUUCUUUUAAUUUUAUCGUGUUCCAUUUUUCUGCUGAGGACAUUAAACUGGA